ACAUGAGCGCCGGUCACGUGAUGUUUGUGAGCAGCUUCCCCGUGAAAACAUUUUCAUCAUUUUCUCUCUCAACACAAGAGAAAUAAGAGCUCUGGCGCAGAUCUGAGCGUGUUUGUGUUUCAGGAGCUGCUGCUGCUCGCGAGGAGGAGGAUGGAGAGACAGGAGGAAGAUGAAGAGGAGGAAGUGUGCCGUGUGCUGGAGGACGUCAUGUGUGUGGACCAACAGACGGUGGAGCGUCUGACAGACGGCUUUCUGUCUCACUAUCUGCCAGAACUGUGCUCCUCCAAACAAGCGCUGCAGGAGCUGACACAAAACCAGGUGAUUCUGCUGGAUACACUGGAACAGGAAGUCACAAAGUUCCGCGAGUGCAACGCCACGAUUGAUCUGAACGCUCUGUUCACAGAGGCCAAAGUUUAUCACAGCAAACUGCUGAACAUCCGCAGAGAAAUGAUCGCUCUGCACGACAAGACGAGCAGACUGAAGAAGCGAGCGCUGAAGCUGCAGCAGCACAAACAGAAGGAGGAUCUGGAGCGUGAGCAGCGGAGAGAGAGAGAGCAGGAGCGAGAGAGACGCCUCAUCGCCAAACCUGCUAAACGCAGCGACGCCGAACCACAGUGAGCGCGCUCAGACUCACAGCUCCGCCCACUGCCCCGAGACUCCGCCCCUGAUCCCGAGCCCACAGAUGAGCAGAAACACGGAGGAAAUGUGUGGAAUUCUCUGGUGAUUUCAUGAAUUUAUCAGGACUAAAUGUGAUAUUUUAUGUUUGGCCCUCAAAGGUACGAUGACUCUUCAUCAUCAUCAUCAUCGGGUGCACUUCUGUUCAGAUCAAUAAUAAUAAAAUAAUAAAACUCUAAAUGAAA